AAUACCAUAACCGUCAGCCCUGGUCCGAAAACUCUACCUUCGCGUCGCGUUUGGAAUUGCGAGAAUCGAAAUUAAAAAGAUUGUGGAAAUCAAAACACAACAAGAUGAAUCACCUCAAGUGGAUGGGACACUCGUCCACGAUAAUGGAUAUACAGCGCUCGCUACGCAACGACGACGAGAACUGCGAGGUGGUUCUAGCCUCCAGGGAUGGCGUCCGGGUGCGCGCCCAUCUCUUUGUGCUAAGCACAUGCAGCGAAUUGAUGCGAAACAUCUUAGUUGACGUUCCUCGCGGUCAAGAGGCCACCAUCGUGCUGCCCGACAUCCGAGGUGAUUUGCUGGAGAGCAUGCUCUCUUUUAUCUAUAUGGGUGAAACGAGCCUGCCCUCCGCUUCUCUAUCCGAGUUUCUGGAGGCCAUCAACCUAUUGGGCAUCAAGUCGGCCAUCAGCUUUGAAUGUAAUCCCUCGGCUAGUCCGCCAAGUGUUAAUGUGGAGAACGGUACAUUAGCAGUAGAAUCGGCAAAAUCGAUUACUGGCUUGCAAAUUGCUGAAGCGGAGCUACUGGAUGAAGAGGAGGAAGGCAAUACCACUGAAACUGUACCAGCCACUGUCUUGGGAGAGCCCCAGAAUCAGGCCAACCACUCCAGUCGUUCGUUGGAGUAUCUAGAUGUAUACGAGCCGCCAAAGAUUACCUACUCCAUUGAGCAUAUGGACGGCAAUUCGAGCGGCAAUCAGUUUAUUCUUACCGAGAACACAGGUACCUUCACCAUCACUCAGUCUGGUUCCAAUUUGUCCAAGAUGGAAGUCGAUGAGACGGUUACCAGUGGCGCCGAAGUGGAGCUGGUAGAUGAUGAUGUUGAGGCGGAUAUCACAGAGGAUUCUGAAGAACACGAUGGACAAAUGAUUGAGGAGGAGUUUGGUCAAACCGAUCCACUAAUCGAGUUGAGUGGGGCCACUGAACUAGACGACGACGAGGACGUUCCCGGCGAUCUGGUGGACGAAGAUUUAGAAGAGACGGAAGAGAAGCCCCGUAAACUAGGAGGAAAGUCGCGUACCCGCCGAUCCCUUAAUUCCAAGUCCGCGAAGCGUUUGUCUAGUAAGCCGACCCGACUCCAGCAGUAUGUGGCGCUCAAACGGGAAGUAAAAGAUGAUAUAAACGAUGCUUUGGAUUUGGCGGCGGACGCUGUAAUUCUCGAGGGCUUGAGCUUGCAAAAAGCCGCCGAUCGGUUCGACAUCUCUAAAACGGUUCUGUGGAGACGAGUGCGGACAAAUCCGGCAUACAUGCGAAACAACCGGGAACGACCUUCGUUGGCUGAGGCUUAUGAGCGACUAAAGAACGGAGAUUCGCUAAAGAGUAUCAGCACAGAAUUGCAAAUUCCCAUGUCGACAUUGCACCGGCAUAAGGUUCGUUUGUCAGCACAGGGAAGCCUUCCAGACUUUGUGUCCUGCCGCCGGCGGGACAGUACGCCCAAGGACGAAUUGCGUGACAAGUUGGCAAAAGCAGUACAUGCCUGCCUUAAUGAAGGAAUGUCUCAGAACCACGCUGCCAACCUCUUCGAGAUCCCCAAGAGCACUCUCUGGCGUCACCUGCAACGACGCAUGUCUAAUCAAGACCGGAAGGUCAAGAAGGAGCUUGAUUAUGAGGAUGAUUUGCUUAACUAGAAAAAGGCCUCGAAUGAUAUGUUUAUAAGUUACCAUUAAGAAACCAUAAGUUUAGUGUUUAAGUGAAUAUUAUCCCAUCAAUGUACAUCAACUUUGUCGUAGGUCGGGAUCAAACCAAAAUUUAACCCGGAGAGAAAGGGAAAUCUCCUUAGGAGAUGCAAUGCUAGAGGUAUGUUUUUAGACCUAGCUCUAUCUGUAGAUACCAUUAGCAACGUAAUUUAAGAGCAGAUGUUCUUAUUAAUGUUCAGGUUAUAUAAAUACAUCCACAAAUU